CCGAGGGAGAGACACGCCGCCGGAGCCGCUCCUGGCCGCGUUGAUAAGACUGCAGGCAACUCUCGACGACAUCCCCAGCUGUGAAUUCAAGACGAAGGGUCUCUGGACGGACAUCGAGAAGCGACAGCAGAGGCUGGAGAAGCUGCAGGAAGGAAUUUUUCAGAAGAUGAAUGACAUUGCCCGCAUCGAAAUGGAGUAUCCCUCGGCCACAGAGUGCCAGGAUCCCUUCCAGUGGAUGUCUGGCGGCUGCUACUACCACUCGGGCAGGGAGAGGGCCACGUGGGGGGAGGCACGCUUUGCCUGCGGGCGGAUGGGCGCCGACCUCGCCCACCCCGCAGAUAACUGGUCCUUGAAAGACUACACGAGACAAAUCUCCUCGUCAGGCUACGGCUACUACUUCAUCGGCGGGCGUGCGGACAACAGCUCUGGCUUCCGCGACUGGCACUGGGUGGACGGGCGGCCGGUGGCCAUCGAGCACCGCAUGUACUCGCAGCCCCCGGGCCUCGGCGAGUGCCUGGUCAUCGACGGGGCUGGCACUCACAGCAUGAAGGCCAAGAGCUGCGACGCGUACAAGCGAUGGUACAUUUGCGAGUUGAAAGUGAGGUCGGCGUGAGGAGAAACCCAGAGGGAUAAGGAAAGAAAACUGAUUUAGUUGGAAGUAAAAUGGUGUAUGUUUUUGAGGAGCUUUUCGUUUUGAGAUAAUGGUAUCUCGUGUAGGUUAUAUGGCGUGUUGUAUAAUGUUUAAGCGCUUAUGCAAAAGCUGAACAAAUGUCUGAAAGAACUAAUUUCCUUGAUUUUGGCCGAACAUUAAGGGCAAGAACUUAUAUGCUUGAGAAACUCCAUUAAUCUCAUAAUAAAAUAACAAUCCAUA